GCAUGCACUUACUGUACAGUAUAUUCAUGUGGGUGCAGCAGGACGCGGUCACAAAGCAGCAGUUGUAACCAUCCACAAUAAACGAGGAUAUGCCUCCUGUGAAUAUCGAGAGUUCAGGUGAUGCCAAACCUGUUGACAAUGGCAAGGCCGAGAAAUGCAUCACCACCGUGAUGAAGGGGCUGGAGACCAUUGAGCCUUUGGUGCGCUCUGUAGAAGAAACCCCAGAGCCCAUCUGCACUGAGGUACAAGGAUCCAUUCCUUCAUGGGUCAAAGGAAACCUCCUCCGAAACGGCCCGGGGAAGUUUGAGUUUGGAAACACACACUACAAUCACUGGUUUGAUGGGAUGGCGAUGCUGCAUAAGUUCACCAUCGCAGAAGGCCAGGUGACCUACAUGAGUCGCUUCCUGAACAGCGAGGCCUACAGGAAGAAUAGUGAAAGGGACCGCAUCAUGAUGUCAGAAUUUGGUACCCUCGCUUUGCCGGACCCCUGUAAAAACAUCUUCCAGCGCUUCCUGUCCCGCUUUGAGAUGAUGGACUCCACGGACAAUGCAAGUGUGAGCUUUGUGAAAUACAAAGGUGACUACUAUGUCAGCACGGAGACAAACUUCAUGCAUAGAGUGAACCCGGAAAACUUAGAAACAUUGGACAAGGUAGACUGGAGCAAGUUCAUUGCUGUGAAUGGAGCCACUGCUCACCCCCACUAUGACCCUGACGGUACCGCCUACAAUAUGGGCAACUCCUAUGGAAGCAAAGGAGCAUUGUACAACAUCAUCAGAGUUCCUCCUGAGAAGUCAGACUCCAAAGACACUCUCCAAGGAGCCAAAGUCCUCUGCUCCAUUGUGCCUGCCAACAAGUCCCAUCCCUCCUACUACCACAGCUUUGCCAUGUCAGAGAACUACGUGGUGUUCAUCGAGCAGCCAAUAAAGAUGGACCUGAUGAAGAUAGUCACAGCUAAACUGAGGGGGAAGGCUUUGAGCGACGGCAUCUACUGGGAUCCCAAACAGGAAACUGUCUUCCAUCUCGUGGACAAGCGUACAGGCGAGAUCCUCCUCUAA